ACCAUUAAUAUGUACAAAUUCUCAAAUAAAUUCCAAAUGGGUAUGGGCUAAAUCAACUCAAAAAUGUCUCUUGGGACAAGAAAUAAACAGUUUGUAUACAAGUUCAGAGAAUAGGGAUGUGUGCUGGUGCCGUGUACCUUGAAUCUGGGUUGAAUAUGUUGGGUCCUUCUUCACUGUAUGCCAUCUCAGGAACAGCCUUAGCUGGAAAAGAACAACCACAUUGGAUGGAGGCAGAGAUUUGUCUGAGAUCAGAGAGAUCAAGAGAAACAAUGGAUAAGGAAAGGGUUUGGAGUUUCCCGGCAGAGGAUCUUGAGUUUGAUGCAGGCGAGAUCCAGGAUGGGGAAAUUGAAAACAGAAUUAAAUUACAGAGCCUGACAUUGUUCCUCUGUCCUUUCUUGUUCUUGUUUGGUUCUCCUUCUCUCUUUUGCGGGUCUUCGUCGUUAUUGCAUGACUGAUAUUUGGGCUUCUUUCCUGCCUAAGUGCUAUUACAAACCCCCUUUUUAAGCCAAUUUUUUGGGUAUGGUUAUCGCUAGCCAUCCAGAUUUUAUUUAAUUUAUUUGUAAUUGAUAUUUAUUAAUUUAUAAGUUUUUAAAAAUAAUUAGUUAAAUGUGAA